CUUCAAGAUCUCGGCUCUUAGUUUUGGAUAUCACGAGGCUCGGCAUGUCUCUGGUGCCUGUGAAUGUACAAAUAUAAAGUCAGGCACGGCUGACCAGAUAUUUUUAUUAGACCUCCAGUCAUGACAGAGCACGAGCAUGGAAUGGGUGCCUCUGGUCUGCGGCGAAUCCGCCAGCAACCUCCAAUGCGGCCUCCACCUACGCUGCCAUCUUCCGAGUCAUCCUCUCGCAAUGCCUCCAUAGGUCCUCGAUCAGGCUCCAUGACUCUCACACGAUCAUCGUCAAUGAUAAUACCUCCUGGGCCUGCUUCGCCGCCUUUAAACUUCACUGAGGACCUCAGCAGAUUUCCCUCCGAAUCACUACAUUCCUUCUCGUUUGCCCACCAGUCUGAAGAGUUCAUACAUAAUCGGCAAAAUGUUCUUAAGAGAUCUGUGGAGUUCAUGUCACAAAAAUUAGGUUGGGGGACUACAAAUGCAGGAAUUGCCAGUGCUCAGGCCCGGGUCAGUGGCGAUCAAGAGAUGCAAGGAAUGCUAGAGCUGUUGGCGAGGGCCAAGCUCGUUGGAGCAAACAAUAUUCCAGGAUUUGGACAAUCGCAAUUGACGGGCCCUCUCACGGGACCAGCAGUGGCUGAAGAUGUUGGAAACCUUUUCGACAACAGCUUUGCACUUCGGUCCCCAAGCUCCGAAAGCUUUUUUGAUAGUCCCAAGUCUUCGCCACCCCUCACUCGAACGGCCCUCCCUCCCCUGGCAGCGAAUCCAGAAGAUCAACACCAGAUCGGCGAGAUCACAGAAGAGCCCCUAUCUAUCCUCCAGGCAGAUUCCGAAGCCUCUUCCCGGACACCAACAAAUGAAAGCCGAACCACUGCUAAGACCUCUCCACCAGUAACACGCCGGCAAAGUCUCAGGAGAACUUUCACUGACACUGCUCCCUUAACAUUGCAAAAUAAACUUAUGGAUGCUUUAGCACAGCCCUUCGUCGCCGGUGACUCAUUUCAUGAGCCGCUCUUGUCACCACCAUUGCAAUCGUCAUUCGUUGUUUCGGGCCCUCAUCCCCUCGGCCCUGCAGUACACGGCCAUUCCAGUAGAUGGGCACCAGCAGCGCAAGCUAUAUUCACUACGGAGAGUACUUCACCGUUUACAAUCCUAGCAGCGAAUGACCUUGCUUGCCUGGUGUUUGGGGUCACAAAGGCCGAGGUGCGAAAAAUGGGAAUACUCGAAGUCGUUCGGGAAGAGAGAAGAGCUUGGCUGGAGGGGAAACUACGAGGACCAGGACAAGGUUCUGCGUCUGGGUCCGGCAAACAGUCUCCUCGAUCGCCCCCAGGAACGCAGAGUCAGCAAACGAGCCCGGCCCCUACGGCCACCUUUCUUCUUGGAAAAUCGGCUGGAGUUACUGCUGCGCUGCUGAGCAGACCGAACUCUCGGCAAUCGCAGAAAUCGCCUCGCAGGGCACAGACCGAUGAUGGGGCAGGUUCUAGCCUCGUUGCAAGAACGAAAGCUGUCAAGGGUGGUCUGUAUCACCCGAACAACAAAUCAAGAGGCGUCUUGCUCUGCGGUGAUGUAGUCCCAAUACAGAAAAGAAACGGAGCUACCGGAUCAGCCAGCUUAUGGGUGAAGGAAAAGAGGGGUGGCCUGAUCUGGGUUCUGGAGGAAAUUCAUGAAGAUAUAGCUACAUUAAGCUUAGACGACGAUGCUAAGGUCACCAACAUGACUGGAUCGACUGGGGCUAUAUGGGGCGAUGGCAUGACUAGGAUUGGAAUGGAUGUUGGGAAGCUAUUACUAAAGAUACCACGACAGGGCAUCGAUGGGAGGACUGGAGAGAUUGACUAUGCAGAGAUAGCAAAGCGGAAGUAUUUCACGGCCCGGAAUUCUGGACGCGUCAAUAUUCCUUGCACAGUCGAAAGAGUGCAGGGCGGAACUGAUCUUAAGGUUUCCAGUUUCCCUCACAUAGCUGGUAUCAUGGUUCUUUCGGCCCAGACUCUGAAGAUUACCAGUUCUAAUUCGGUAUUCUCUGCCGCGUUGUUUGGACAGGAGAAACCCGACGGCCGCCCGAUUACUGACCUUAUCCCCGACUUCGACCUCAUUCUUAAGAUUCUUACUGAAGAAGAUGGCGUUCACCUUGUUGAUGGAAUCGUUAUCCCUGAGCAUAGUUUUCGCCGCGCUCGAGCCUUCCUAGCCUUACGAGAUGGUAGGGCGGAUGCAGCUUCGUACUUUCUCCGACCUGAUGGUUUACCAGCCAAGCACAGGGAUGGUUCUGAAAUUAAGAUUGAUGCACAGCUGAGGGUUGUGAAGUCCGAGGUUCAGCAACCAAGUUUCGACGAGCAUGUCAUUGAGGAAAUGGCUGACGAAGAGGAUGAUCGUCAUACUACAAAGUCUGAAACUUCAGGCGAAAUUGUCUAUGCUCUUUGGAUUACUUACUCACGCCAUAUUCACGCUUCGAGACAGAAUCUUGACACUGCUUCUCCUCUACUUUCUGGUGUUGAAACCCCUCUACAUCAACCAUCACCUGGACAAACGGAAUUUGCGAGUCCUGUUGAGUUUGAAUCAGACGAAGAGCUGAAGAAGGAACACUCACAUGCGUCCUUGCUCACUGCUCAGCUCAAGGCGGCUGCAAAGAGGACUGCUGCAAAGCUCACAGGACGCGAUCCCCCUGUUUCACUGGAAGAGAAGAAGGAGCCCGCCCCUGAGAUUGUCGAACCUGUACACAAGAAAUGUAUCGACGACUUCGUCAUCCUUGAAGAAAUGGGACAAGGUGCUUAUGGUCAAGUUAAGCUUGCACGGUACAAGAAGAACGGUAACAGGAAGAUGGUUCUGAAAUAUGUGACGAAGCGACGCAUCCUGGUUGAUACCUGGACUCGGGAUCGCCGACUCGGCACGGUACCUCUCGAGAUUCACGUUCUCGAUUAUCUACGACGAGAUGGACUCAAGCAUCCCAAUAUAGUUGAGAUGUCUGAUUUCUUUGAAGACGACGUUAAUUACUACAUCGAGAUGAUACCUCACGGGCUGCCGGGGAUGGAUCUGUUCGACUACAUUGAACUUCGCGUAAAUAUGGAAGAGGACGAGUGCCGAAGCAUAUUUGUGCAAGUGGCGAGAGCCAUCCAUCAUCUCCAUACGAUAGCCAUGGUUGUUCAUCGAGAUAUCAAAGACGAGAACGUAGUAUUGGACGGUGAGGGCAACAUCAAGCUUAUCGAUUUCGGCAGCGCUGCGUACAUCAAGAGUGGGCCCUUUGACGUGUUCGUGGGCACUAUUGAUUAUGCAGCACCCGAAGUACUGGCCGGAAAGCCUUACCGUGGCAAAGAGCAAGAUGUCUGGGCCCUUGGCAUACUUCUCUACACUAUAGUCUACAAAGAGAAUCCUUUCUACAGCAUCGAUGAAAUCAUGGACAGGGAGCUCCGCGUCCCAUACGUGAUGAGUGACGAUAGCAUUGACCUGAUACGUGCAAUGCUCGACCGAGACGUCGAUUCCAGGAUUACAAUCGAAGGGGUACGAGAACACCCUUGGUGCCUUGCCCUUGGCGAUGAUGAGUGAAGGUUAUUGAGGCGAGAGGUUCUUAAGUUUUUCGGGAAUCGCUCAAGAAGGAAGGGUGAGGCAACACCAAGGCCAUUGCGUAUG